AUGGAUAAAUGCACGAACUUUAAGAGCACCUCCAGCGCCCAACCCAAAUUGGGUGAAAGGCUGCCAGAGAGAGCCCGAGAUGGCUCCAGCGCAGGGCCCAUAGCCCGGUUUCAUGGUGGGUCCCACGAGCCCGAGGAAGCCCAAGGGCAAGUCUUGCCCGGGCUGAAGCCCGAGUUUGGUGACGUCAGCGCUGGCGUCACGCUGGCGCCAGUGCACGUCGGAGGCUCAUGGUCAACGAAUGAAGAUAUUGCGUUGUGUCAAUCUCGGGUGAACAUUAGUCAUGACCCUAUCACGGGCAAUGAGAUGAAGUUCCAUCACAUGUGGAGCAAAAUUCAUGGAGAAUUUUGUCAAAGAUCGGGUUCUAUUCGGACCGAAAUGGCGUUGUCUAGUAGAUGGAAACUUCUGAAUAAAGAGUUAGGGAAAUGGAGAAAUGCCUUGACAAAAGCAAAGGCGAACAUUCAAAGCGGUCAAAAUUUGACCGAUGAGAUGAUACAAGCACAAAUGUGGUUCGGUGCCAUGGGGCAAGGCAAAAAAAGUUUCGUGCAUUUCCAUUGUUGGGAAAUUGUGAAGGAUUGUUCGAGAUUCAAAAUUAUUCCCACCGGUCCGCCGGUUGUGAUGAAUGAGACGCCACUCCACGAUUCGACAUCAACCGAUUCUCCAUUGGACUCCCCAAUGGAAACGGAGUCACCAUUUGUGCCACGUCCGCCGAAACCUAUUGGGAGAAAGGCGGCAAAGGCCAAGAGAGGGGGCACUUCGACCAAUGAAUGUGUACAAUUAUUGGAGCAAAUAGCUAAGAGCACCUCACUAAGAAUGGAGAGAGACUUGAAAAGAGAUGAAAUGGACAUGGCACGAGAGGAAGCAUUUGUUAUGCAACAACAAAUGGCACAAGAAAAAGACAUAGAGGAUAGAGAGAUGAAAAUCAUGGCCAUGGAUACGAGCCAUAUGUCUCCCGAAACAAAGGCCUAUUGGAAGCUACGACGAAGAGAUGUGAUGAGAAAAAAACUUUUCCAUGACGACGGACCUAGCAAUACGGAUUGGUUAAAUGAUGAAAACCAUUAG